CAAAAAAUAAAAAAUGUCACACUCACACCGUUGUAUAAACUGCGUAUUUAUCUCCGUGCUUUUUAAUUAAUAUAAAAAAUAGAUUCACUAUGUAAAUUUGUAUAUAUAAUUACUUUGGAAGCUUUGUAUAUAAUAUCAGAUAUAUUAUUCGUGUAAAUAUCUGUAUACCGUUCCUUUGUGCUGUGUAAAUUCGAAAUUGUAGAAAAUAUAGGUGAAGUCCUAAAUCAUUCUAUAGUGGUAUUAUUUCGAAAUCGAAAAGUAUGUACGAUAUAGUGAAUUAUCUUUAAAACAAACAUGGUAGUUUAUAAACUGAACUGCACAUAGUUUAAACGAGCAUCAUGGGACAGCAGACGUCGAGGAAGAGCGGGGAGUGUAGCUGCGGCUGCGGCGCCUGGGAGAGACGAAGAGAGGGAGACUCGCCCAGCAGUGUUCAUAGAUACGUGAGUGCAGUCACCGACAGAUGGAGCGGGCGAGAGUGCGCCUGUCGCCGGAGACGGUGGAGGCGCCCGGCCUGUGUGUGCACCGCCUACAGACGAGUCAGCGACGCCUGCCACGACGACAGACUAGCGGCCGUCCUUACACUGGGAGCGAGAGAUCUCAGGAGAGAGCUGGACGCCAUAGUCAUUAACACAGACGGUGACACUGGCAGAGACCACGGGGAGCCCACAGCUGAGGUCUAUGUCCUGUCCGUCGGUCCGAGGAGUGACACAGACUCCACCCCCGAGGGUCGAGCUACUGAGCUGGUGCAGGCCAGCGAUCAGUCUAUAAGGAGGUUCCAGGUGGUGUGUGGCGGCGAGCUCCGCGCGCUUCUCCUCCGCUGCCCGCUCCCGCCCGCCCUCGUGCCGCCCACCGUACACACACAGGUCGACUACAAACACUGUCUAGUGCCGGACCUGCAGGAGAUCACGGCUUGCUCGUUCUACUGGGGGAAGAUGGACCGCUACGAGGCGGAGAGACUCCUGGAAAACAAGCCCGAGGGCACGUUCCUGCUCCGCGACUCGGCCCAGGAGGAGCACCUGUUCUCGGUGUCGUUCCGUAAGUACGGCCGGUCGCUCCACGCCCGCAUCGAGCACUACCAACAUCGGUUCAGCUUCGACUCUCACGACCCCGGGGUGUUCGCCGCCCCCACGGUCACCGGCCUCAUAGAACACUACAAGGACCCGGCCUGCGUGAUGUUCUUCGAGCCGAUGCUGACGGCUCCUCUGCCGCGCAGCUCUCCUUUCUCUCUGCAGCAGUUGUCGCGGGCGGUGAUCGUCUCUCACGUGAGCUACGACGGCGUGGAACACCUCCCGCUGCCGGCCCGCCUGAGGGCCUUCCUCAAGGAGUACCAUUACCGGCAACGCGUCCGCGUCCGCCGCCUGGAGAGCGACUCGUACGAGCGAGCCUAGCGACCGCUCUACCACCUGCCACCGCUGGAGUACCUGCCCCGGCUGCUGCACCCGCGCUGAGCCCCAGGGCUCCCGUGAAGGACGUGGAUGGUGUGUGGUUAUCCUAACAUAGUUGGAAGUGAUAAAACUGGGCUUACCUAACGUUAGAUGUAAAUAUAUGAUAUACCGUUACUAUGAGUAUUAACAUAGAGAGCAAUGUAAAUAUUAUUUAUUAUACUGUGUCCGUGUAGAGCGGCUCGUGCUGUGAGCCGUCAGCCAGGUGUUGUUAACUGAAGGUUCACAACCUGCGACAGCCGUCACCUGCUGGUGGUAGAGCUAGUGUUGACCGUACUCCGCUGUAUUACGUUAUAUAUAAUAUAUGUAUUUUAAAAC